GUUUACAAUGAGUUCGCUAUUUGCUGUGAUGCUGCUCAUACUUGGUUCAAGUUCGGCGCAACUUGUUUACCGAAACUACGGACCUGCUGAGGCCUUCAACGGCGGCUUGAUACGUGGUGCCCAGAGUGGUGGACCUUUUGCUCAAGGUGGAAGUGGUCAGCAAGGUGGAUUAGUUACUGGAGGAGUAAGUGGCGGUCCAUUUGGAAGCUAUGAAGGAAAAGAUGGCUUGAUAACUGGAACUGGUCAAGGAGGACCUUUUCGUCAGGCUGAAAGUGGUCUGAUCAGCGGCAGUAAUACCAGAGGUCCUUUUAUCACUGGUAAUCAUCAAGGAGGACUCAUCUCAGGAGGAGCUAGUGGAGGUCCCUUCGGAAGCUAUCACGGAAAAGACUCUUUGGUUGCUGAAACUGGCAAAGGCGGACCUUUUAGUCAAAGGGAAAGUGGUCUGUUCAGUGGCAGAAAUACCGGAGGUCCUUUUGUGUCUGGUUCUCAGCAAGAGGGACUCAUUUCUGGAGGAAAUACAGGAGGUCCAUUUGGAAAACGAACAAACCCCUUUAUAACUGGCAAUGGAGGACCUUGUAGUCAGAGUGAAAAUGGUCUGAUCAGUGGCAAAAAUACUGGAGGUCCAUUUAUCAUUGGUAAUAUUCAUGGAGGACUUAUUUCUGGGAAAAAUACUGGAGGUCCAUUUGGAAGUUACCAAGGGAAAGAAGGUGAAACCGACAAAGGAGAAAGUGAAAGUGAUCUAAUCAGUGGCAGUAGUACUGGAGGUCCUUUUAUCUCUUCUACCACUGAAAACAUAAUUUGAAUCGGAAAUAAAAGUCCUAUUCAGAGUAAAGAACUUAAAGACAACUUAAUAUCUAAAGAGGAUGCACGAACUGUCUCAUCAGUAGGAUCCACAUCUCAGAACCUCUUAAGUAAACAAUUUAUAACCAGUUAAAUAAGAGACAUUGAAUGACACUGUAAACUUGAAGUCAAAUUUCUGGUU